AUGUGGCAGUGUGCUAUCGUGACGCUACUCGCGCUUAGUUUGCACGGUUACGCAAACGCGCAGAUUGCUGACUCUCGGUGCCCUCUGGUGGACAAUCCUCCGUUUCAUUUACCGCACGAGACAGACUGUACGCUGUUUUACACCUGCUCUUAUGGCAUGAAAUAUUUGAAGAGUUGCCCAGUUAAUCAACACUUCGGCUUUGCUAUACAACGGUGCGAUUAUCCUUUCUUUGCCGAAUGUAACCUCGGAGGUGGAUUACCGACUACUGUCCCACCUACUAUUCCAACGAUUCCCACCACCGUCCCAACGCUCCCCACCACCGUCCCAACGCUCCCCACCACCGCUCCAACACUGCCCACCACCGCUCCAACACUCCCCACCGCAGCUCCUACCGUCCCUACGGUAGCUCCAACCCCAGCACCUACACCUGCCCCUACGGUAGCACCAACCCCAGCACCAACCAUUCCAACGGCACCUACUCCAGGAGCUACUACUGCAACCACUGCAGCUACUACCGUAAAUACUGGGAUACCAACUGCUCCAACAAUUACAUCAGCUCCAACGGCACCACCAACGCUGCCAACGACUGCGCCAACAAUUCCAACGGCUCCAACGCCAGGUCCAACGAUCCCAACGGCUCCAACGCCAGGUCCAACCGAUACUGUACCGCCACUUCCAACGGAUGUUCCUACUGUUCCUACAGCUGCCACAGCAGAACCUCCCACUGCUCCCACCGCACCUGCCUUCCUCGAGAUGGUCUGUCCACGAUGGGUUGUGUGUGCGACGAGUCUAGCCGUGAUAGCGUCAUUGCUGCAUUGUAGCGUCGCUGACGAUCCGUGUACCAAGCGCGGAACCGUGCCUCAUCCGACCGACUGUAGCAAGUAUCUGGAAUGUGUGAAUGACAGCCUCAUACUGCUGACGUGCGAAGACCAAUUUUACAACGCUAGUACCGGCACAUGCACGAGUGAAGCACCGGUAAGCUGCAAUCAACGCAGAACGGAAAGUAUUGCCACCGACGGUAAUUCAUACAUCGGACGUGCCGUAGUGGAUCUCUGCUCGACGUACAAACCGGGUUUCAAACUGCCCCAUCCGGAAAACUGCGGGCUCUUCUACCAAUGCACACAGAGCGGGGCCGCACUGUUCGCUUGUCCGUCCAACCUACUGUUCCACGCUCAGAUGAAAGUUUGCGUGUGGCCACAGCAAGCGGAAUGUGUCCCUGGUGCCAUUCUGCCACCGACGACAACAACGGUGCAGACCGGCACGGAUGACAACGUAAUUAUUCCGGAUGAAUUCUGUGAACCUGGGUGUUUCCUUGAUCUACGGUGCCCGGUCGACUGUGAUCCGAUCAUCCCGCCGAAGGUUUUCCCACAUCCAAGUCGAUGCGAUGCUUACUUUACCUGCAACUCGCACGGCUAUUCGUGUGCCACCGAGUGUCCGAUCGGAACGUGGUUCAGCAGCUUUUUCCAGCGUUGCGUCACUCCGGAUCUGGCAGAAUGCACGCCAGUUGUACCGCCCAUUUGUAAAACACCAGACUGUGUGCCACAUCCGGACUGUCCGAUUCCUGACACGGAUCCGCCGACGAAACUGCCCCAUCCGGAUCGCAGUGAUUGGUAUUACGUUUGUCGUGAUGGAUCUGCCUGUCAAAUGGCUUGUCCGCCUGGCCUAGAUUGGAAUCUUAUCACAAGAGAGUGCGAAAUUCCCUCGGAUCCAGAAACUCCAGAGCCCCCGACCACUACAGAAGAACCGAUUACUACGACCACUACGGAAGAACCGAUUACUACGACCACUACGGAAGAACCGAUUACUACGACCACUACGGAAGAGCCGAUUACUACGACCACAACGGAAGAGCCGAUUACUACGACCACUACGGAAGAGCCGAUUACUACGACCACUACGGAAGAACCGAUUACUACGACCACAACGGAAGAGCCGAUUACUACGACCACAACAGAAGAGCCGAUUACUACAACGACUACCGAAAUUACUACCACUCCGGGAGUGGAUUGUCCAACAUGUCCGCCUUCGAACUGCUUCCCGGACAACCGGUGCCCCAAGUGCGAAAAGUGCAAUCCUACCUACUUCCCGCAUGAAGACUGCGACAAGUUCUACAAGUGCAGCUAUGGGCUGCUCUGUGAAAUGAAAUGUCCGCCCGGUCUUCACUUCAAUGCGCGCGAGAACGUAUGCGACUGGCCGACACAGGCAGGAUGCGAAUAUCCACCAAUCAUCGAAGACCCACCAGAGAAUGUGGCCUGCCAUCCGAACGCACAAUGUCCACCGGGCAACAGUGUCGAGGUGUUCCUACCGCAUCCGUACAGCUGCACACAGUUCUACAAAUGUAGCUGGGGUAACGCGUGUCUGAAGGAGUGUCCGGAUGGAUUGCACUGGAGCAGGACGAAGAUGCGCUGCGAGUGGCCAUUCAUUGCCGGCUGCGACCCCAACAUACCACCGAACGAUCCAAACUGCCCAACGUGCCCAUGUGUUCCCUGCCGAUCGAACCGUAACGCUUGCCAUCCGUCACAGCGCUGCCCGCCGGCUGGUAUGCGGACUUUCUCGAUCAGCUUCAGCCACGAGCUGUACUGUAACCGAUUCUACGAGUGUCUCUCUGGGCAGGCCUGUAUCCUCGAGUGCCCACAUGGUCUCGAGUACAGCGGCGGUGUGGGGCGAUGCGAUGUGCCUAGCAAAGCCCAAUGCAGCCGUUGGUGGAAGUAA